CGAUCACUUUGCCCGGAGUUUGUUCGAGGGUAAUGAAUCGAACGUACGUCUUGUAGAAUACCUAGUGCCGAUAGUUAAGUGGUUGGCUAGUUCAAUGCAGCUAACAGGUAAGUAAUAAAAUAGUCUCCUGGGUUUGGCAUGGCCGAGGGUAGCGGUAAUGUUAACGUCAAUCCGGCCAACCUCCCACCGGGAGACCCCCAGCUCAUCGGGAUGAUUGUAGAGCAUCUGAAAAACCGGGGUCUUUUUGAUGAGUUCCGUCGGGACUGUUUAGCCGACGUCGAUACAAAGCCGGCCUAUCAGAACCUGCGACAGAAAGUGGACAACUUCGUCACAUCGCACCUGAGCACGCAGAACUGGAACCCGUCCAUCAACAAGAACCAGAUGAGGAACGGACUGAGGCAAAGCGUCGUUCAAUCGGGCAUGCUGGAGUCUGGUGUGGACAGGAUCAUAACUCAGGUCGUGGACCCCAAGAUGAACCACACUUUCCGACCGCACAUAGAAACAGCCAUCCAUGACUUUCUGUCAGGGGACAGGAAGGAGGAAAGCACCUCAAGUUUGAACUCUGCUCCAUCUGAACAGACAGAACCACAAGAGCCUCCGUCUGCCUCUGGCCCCAAAACCCCCAGAGGAGGGGAUGCCUCUGACAUGAAGGAAGUGCAGGGAGAGUACAUCCUGCAGUUUGGAAAGUAUAAAGGGAAAUCUUUCCAGUGGCUUCUGGAGAAUGAAUGUCGGAGCACCUGGAAGGAGAUUUGGGGUGGCAGAGGUGACGGCUAUGGAGACUUUAUCACGAGGAAGAGCUGCAGUCAAGGAACACGGAUGCAUAAGCUGCAGCAGUACGUGCGGAAGAAGCAGCAGUCUGUGUCUGCUUCCACAAAUGCUCCAACUAAACCCCUGGGAACGCGCCGCUCUCCUGCGGAUCUAUAUAUCUCAGCCUCGAUCUCGUCGUCACAGUGUAAAGUUAUUCAAAGGCAUCGAGCUCUAGCUGCGCGAACUUCUACCAAGAGAAGAAAAGAGCACCGCACGUACGCUGACUCGACCUCAGUCAUGCCGGUGAACGCGCCCGCUGUCUCCUGUGUGUUUUUCCUGCUGCUGGUGUGUCAUGUGCUGACCAUCGACCCGCAUGAUGUUCUGGAGAAACAAGUGAGCCAGAUGAAAAGGCGCCUCUCUUUGCAGAGCACAGUGGAGAUCCAGAGUUGCCUGGUGAGUUCAGGUGAUGUUGGCUGUGGGAUGUUUCAGUGUUUCAGCAACAACUCCUGUGAAAUCCAAGGGCUGCACCACAUAUGUCUCACUCUGCUGCACAACGCUGGACGCUACGACUCGCAGGGCAAAUCAUUUGUGAAGGACGCAUUGCGGUGCAUGGCGGUGGGGCUGCGGCAGCGUUUCAGCUGCGUCAGCCGGCGCUGCUCGGCGGUAAAGGAGAUGGUGUACGUGCUUCAGAGGGAGUGCUACGCCAAACACCAGCUCUGCCUGGCACUGCGGGAUCACAUAGACACCGUGGGAAACCUGGUCCAGUUCCACCUAAUGUUUCCCCCCGGGCCAUACGUGGAGCUGACGAACUUCCUGCUGAAGUGCGGAGACGAGGUCAGGACGUGGGUCGGACGCCGUUUGCGUGGGCAAUGCGAGCAGUACUGGGGGUCGCUUUGCAGCAACUUUGCCGGAAACUGCCCCCUCUGCCAAUCCGAUACCCUCCACCAAAGCACUUCCCCAUCCACCAGUGCACCAUGGCCCAUCACUGCUGGGGGACCCCUGCAGCAGCCAACCAGAGAGGCUAAACCAGAGGACAGGAGCAGGCUCAGUCAGAUAGACAACACAACUGAAUCUGGUUCAGUUGUGUCUGAGAAAUCCAGUGUCACUCCUCCAUAGACAGAUAGGUGGAAACAGAGUACACAAAAUACUAUAAUACUAGCAGUAGUGGCUAAAAGUAUUCAGUGUAGUAAUACUGGUGAAAGUAAUGCAUCAUAACUUAUUCAAUCUGCUGGGCAUUUGUGCUCCAUUAAGGAUGGAAGAACAAUUAUCUACCUCACUUCAAUGUCACAGUAGACCACUGCAGCUCAGCAGCUGGCAUGGACACACCCACACACACACAUACACAGAGGUAAACACAACAGGAAUCAGUAGGUCAAGUGUAGCUCAUGGCUCCAAGUCAGUAUCCUGUUUACAAGCCCAGUUCCAAAAAAGUUGGGACGCUGUGUAAAAUGUAAAUAACAUUAGAAUGCAAUGAUUUGCAAAUCUCAUGAAAUCAUAUUUUAUUCAGUAUCAAACAUAGAAAACAUACCAAGUGUUAAAACUGGGACACUUUACUGUUUCAUGAAAAAUAUUUGCUCAAUUCGAACUUUUACACAGCAUCACAACAUUGUUGGGGCCGAGUUAUAAAUCUGCUUUUGUAUUUAUGGAGAAAGUCAUAUUGUGUACAAUGGAGAUAAACAGACGAGGCGCAGUGUGCAGAAAGGAAAGCACUCAUUGGUCAGUAUGUGUUAGAAAUAUAUAUUUUUAAUGUUCGCUUGUUCACAUUUCAUACAGACCCCUGGUGUCGAGAAUAUGUUGUACAUUUUUAUUUAAAUGGAUCAUAAAAACUCUGUUGUGAACAGUUUUUAUUUGAAUGUUAUUAAACUGCAGCGACACUGAUGAAAAAA